AUGUUGAUGACUAAAUUGUAUAAACCUGCAUUUAGAAUAAGAAGCUUUCAUUUUUCAAUUGUUAGACCAUUUACCAUCCCUUUUUUGCCAAAAAUUCCUCAGAAACCAGGAGGUGUCAGUGGAACCGCGAAUGAUUCAUCUUAUAUGCCACCUGAAAAUAAAACUCAGGGUUCAUACCACUGGAUUGUAGAGCGCGGCCUCUCUUUUGCAGUUCUUCCAUUGACUGCGGUUCCCUUGGUCACUGUGGGCCCCGUUUCCACUUUUAUUGAUACGUUUCUCUCCUUGGUUCUGUUAGGUCAUUGUCACAUCGGAUUUCAGUCUUGUAUAAUAGACUAUAUUUCAGAAAGAGUCUAUGGCAAAGUGCACUAUUAUGCAAUGUAUUUAUUGAGCUUGGGCUCGUUCCUAUCAUUGAUUGGUAUAUAUAAACUAGAGAGCCAAGAAGCGGGUCUUAUUGGCUCUUUGAAAUCACUAUGGGAUAAUAAACCUGUUACGAAGAGGAAAAUGGAAGUUAUUGGUUCAUCGCCAUAA